UUCCCUCUUGCGCACUGUCAGCUGAUAACAGUCACCUGACAAGGAGCAGUGUUUACAAGACAGAAACAGACAAAAAGGCACGACAGGUUCAAGGAUAUUGUAAAGCAGUUCCCUGUUCACUCAGACGGCACCAUGAGGAGUUUGCUUGCAGCCCUGCUGUUUCUCUUCAGCUGCCCUGGCAGAUGCACGUACCUGGAGUCUGACCAGAACACCUCCAUCCCUGAGGGCUGGAUCGAUGCGGGGCGUGUGGCAGCCUCUGAUCAGGUUCAGCUGACCUUCGCACUUAAACAGCGGAAUGUGAGAGAGCUGAGAGAGCUGCUGGGCCGGGUGUCGGACCCGGAUUCCCCUCAGUACGGGAAGCACCUGUCCCUGGAGCAGCUCUCCUCCAUGGUCCAGCCCUCGGAACUGACCCAGAAGGUGGUGUGGAGGUGGCUGGAGAGCCACGGGGUGCAGGAUUGCCAGAGUGUGGAGACCCAGGACUUCUUGCAGUGUGCCAUGCCAGCCCGUGUGGCGGAGAAGCUGCUGCCCGGCUGUGAGUUUAGCCGCUAUGUGAACGGGCAUCAGUCGCUGGUGAGGUCGCCAGUCCCGUAUGGGCUGCCUGACGAGAUGUCUGAACACCUGGACUUCGUGGGAGGAGUCCACAGAUUCCCUGACUCGAAGGUGGCCCUGAGGCGUACUUGGGCCAAUGGGAAGAAGCGGAAGGCGGAGUUUCACCUGGGGGUGUCGCCCUCCAUCCUCAGGCAGCGCUACAACCUGACAGCCAGCGACGUGGGCUCCUCCCAGAACAACAGCCAGGCCGUAGCUCAGUUCCUGGAGCAGUUCUUCCACCCUGCGGACCUGGCAGAGUUCAUGAAGCUGUUCGGGAGAGGAUUCAAGAACCUGCCCGAAGUGGAGAGGGUCGUCGGCAAGCAAGGGGGUGGGAAGGCAGGGCUCGAGGCGAGCCUGGACGUGGAGUACAUCAUGAGCACUGGAGCCAACAUCCCCACCUGGGUCUUCACCAAUCCAGGCAGACACGAGUCCCAGGAGCCGUUCCUGCAGUGGCUGCUGCUGCUCAGCAACAUGUCUGCGGUGCCCUGGGUGCACACCAUCAGCUACGGGGAUGACGAGGACAGCCUGUCCCAGGCCUACAUGCAGAGGAUCAACGUGGAGUUCAUGAAGGCCGGGGUGCGCGGGGUCACCCUGCUCUUCGCUUCAGGUGACAGUGGUGCCGGCUGCAUGAAAGCCAGCAAAGGGGGUAACACUUUCAGACCCAGUUUUCCAGCCUCCAGUCCCUAUGUGACCACAGUGGGCGGGACAUCCUUCAAGAACCCCUUCCAGGUCACUUACGAGGUGACGGACUACAUCAGCGGCGGCGGGUUCAGCAACGUGUUUGAGAUGCCCGACUACCAGGUAAAUGCUGUGAACUCGUACCUCAAAGGAAUGAAGGCUCUUCCUCCCAAGACCUACUUCAACACCAGCGGGCGAGCUUAUCCGGACGUGGCAGCUUUGUCUGAUAACUACUGGGUGGUCACCAACAGAAUCCCCAUCCCGUUUGUGUCUGGCACUUCGGCCUCGACUCCUGUGUUCGGAGGGAUCCUGUCCUUGAUUAAUGAUCACCGUUUCCUCAAAGGUCUCCCGUCUCUGGGGUUUCUGAACCCGCGCCUCUACAAGCUGCAGGGGAGCGCCAGCAGUGCCCUCUUCGAUGUGACAGAAGGAUGCCACCUGAGCUGCCUGGACGAGCAGGUCCAAGGACAGGGGUUCUGUGCCGCUCCAUCCUGGGACCCAGUCACGGGCUGGGGGACCCCAAACUACCCCGACCUCCUGACUGCUCUCGGGGAUUAAGAACGAGCUGCCCUGCAAAUCAGGAGUCAACUGCAGAGUGUCGGGGGGGGGGCUGGAAACCCUGUUUGGAAAGAGAGAGCUUGCUGCUGCUUCUUAAUAAUAAUAAUAAUAAUAAUAAUAAUAAUAAUAAAAAAUGAUUGAUUUUUUUUUUAAAUAUAUGUUGACCAGA